AUGUUGGAAGAUCCAGCGAUCCCGCCACCACCUGGGGUCGUGUCGAAUUUUGCACAUCCACAUGAUGCCCUUCACACAGUAAACUUAGCAACGCAAAUAUUGUGCAUUGUUGUUGUGACAAUUAUUGUGAUAUUGCGUAUCAUCAUCAAUUUGCGCCUUCGGAAGAGCUUGGAAUUGGAAGACUAUAUGACUAUCGCAGGAUGGGUCCUCUUUAUUGGGUUCUGCGCCAAUAUGCUUGUGCUUAAUGCAUACGGCGGUGGAUACCAUGCCUGGGAUGUGCCAAAGAGCGAAUUUCUUGAUUUUCAAAAGGCCUCCUACGCGAUCACGCUCAUUUACGUCCCCAUGGUGUUUAUCGUCAAGCUAGCCCUGCUCUCCGUGAUGCUCCGGAUCUUCGCUCCCGACCCCCACAAGGUCUUAAUCAUCUACACCAGUGUGGUCGUGCUCCUGCUUUACUACAUCCCAGCUCUGUUCAUUAAGAUAUUCUUUUGCCAUCCUAUUUCUGCAUACUGGGAAGGUACCAGCAAUGGGGGGACCUGUAUUGACCAACAGAAGGUCAUCAUCGCCGACUCAGCGAUCAGCAUUGCCAGCGAUCUUUGGAUCCUCAUUCUUCCGGUGCCCAUGCUAUGGUCGCUGCACAUGUCGCGUGUCAAGAAACUGCGGGUCAUCGGUAUUCUGGGAGCCGGCGGACUCGCCACCGGAUUCAGUAUCUGGCGGUUGGUAAUCAUGGUCGAGGAGGCUAAGACGGCGGACAUUACCUGGUUUUGGAUCCAUUGCGUGUUGACAGCCAACGCUGAAGCGGGCAUCGGGUUGAUCUGUGCAUGUCUGCCCACAUUAAGCUCAUAUGUCGUGUCUAUGAAGAACAAGAGCACCAAUGCCACGAACGGUAGUUACCAGCGCAGUCACGAGCUCAAUAGCUGGAAUAAGCUCUCGAGCUCAAAAAAGAACGGUAACCACAGCUCCUCCUUCCCCCCGACACAGACCGACCAGGCGUGCCUUAUCUCCACCGUCGAGGGCGCUGAGCAACGCGAGGGGUCAAUGACAAGCCUUCAGGAGAGCAAUCAUCCGGAACGCCCCGUCAUCCAUAAGGAUGUCUCUGUGUCCCAAAGCUACGAAUUUGUAAAAUAG